AUGAAAUUCUCAAGCAAUACAAAGUUUGUCUUUGCUUUUUUCCUCUUCUCUUUUCUAUUUCUUCAUGCUUCAUCUCAAACUGAAUCGGAAGACGAAUUUAACUACGAUGAAGGAAGUGGAAGGGGACCGUCGAGUUGGGGCACACUCAAUAUAAACUGCAGCACCGGACUACGGCAAUCUCCGAUCGAUAUCCGACCGGUCCAAGUUAGUUCUGAGCUGAGAGAGUUGCAAAGGAACUACAGAUAUGCUGCAGCUGAUUUGAGGAACAGAACUAUAGAUGUCGCCGUGGUCUUUACAGGGAAUGGUGGGAACAUUACCAUAAAUGGAAGAGCUUAUAGAGUGCAAAAUAUUCACUGGCAUUCACCCUCGGAGCACACUUUCGACGGAGUAAGGUUUCCCUUGGAGGUUCACAUUGUUCAUCGCAGUGACCAAAAUGACACGGCAGUUGUGUCCAUGCUUUACCGUUAUGGCCUGCCUGAUCCCUUCCUUGCAAUCCUUCAUCCCUUCAUAUUACUUCUUAGGCAGCCAGACAUACCCCUUUUGUCCAUCAAUCCAGAGAAAGUUGGAUUUACAGACUCUAGCUAUUAUCGAUACAAUGGUUCACUUACGGUUCCUCCCUGCACCGAGGGUGUGAUUUGGACAGUCUUCCAAGAAAUCAAGCAAGUCAGCCGGGGUCAAGUCGAAGCAUUAAGGAACGUACUUCCUCCUCAAAACAGGAACAAUUCAAGGCCAACUCAACCCCUCAAUAAUAGGACUGUGUUACUCCGUCCAGGAAGGGCAGCUUCACUUGAUAACAUAUAA